AUGAAAGCAACUAAGAUCAUUAUUCGAAGAUUCAGUGCUUCAGUUCGAAUACGACAAAAGUCGGAACCAGUUCGUAACCGACUAGAAGCGGCGGUAGCCAAUUUCAUCUCAAAAGUUCAGAAAAGCCAAUCCAAAAGCUCAGGAUCUAUUCUCAGUGCCAUAGAUCUCCUCAUAGACAAACACAACGAGACUCUCGCUGCACACUUCGGCAUUCCUCAUGAAACCAACGACUACUUAAAGGUGAAACAGCAGAUAUGGGACAAACUUUCUGUAGGGGACAUUUCCCUAGCCCAAGAUCAGGAAUCUGUAGAAGCACAGCGAAGUAACUUGUUGAAUCUGCACUCACUUAGAUUGUCAAGCUCAUCCAGUACAUCACUCUCUAAAUUUGUAAAAUGUUUAUACCCGUUGCAUAAAUCGACAUCUCCAAGUCUCAGCUCCAGCAACAGUAACAAAGUGCUUGAUAUACCUUCAAGUUUGGGUAAGUAUGAGUUAAUAAACCAUAACCAGCUCCACAGAACCUUUUAUGAAUUGCCGUCCCCGCAGCCUUUCUACCUUAGCCCCCAGCAUUUGAAUGACUUUUUGCAUCGGUUUCUAUUCAAUAAGCGUGACUUCAUCAAGUCAAACAUCGUAUCAUUAUCCAAUUUGAACCAUUUUGCACCCUAUCGUUUCUUUGAAUACUACAACCAGAUGCUUUUUAAGAGACAAGAAUACGUAUCUAUGGUCACAAAAAUCUUGCAAGAUCUUCAAACAUAUGGAUUUGAGACUUCACUCACCGAACAGAAUCAAAUUAUCUUCUAUACUUUCUUCAAAGACAAAGCUCCUAUAGUACAUAAAAUCAAUGAAGCUGUGGGGAAACUCAAGGAACUAGGAAUGUCAGUAACACAGGAUGCUUACCCAACGUUUGAUCUUGACACUUAUAACCAAUUAAAAGAGUCCAUGAUUGCCAAGUAUGGUAAAUUGCAUAUCAGCAGCUUGAACAUAUUCUUGCUACAUGCGAUUAGACACAGCCAAGAGCUGGUAAUUGUAGAUGUGCUACAACAAAUUGGUUUUGCUGAACUUGUUGGUGGCAACAGCCUUAGUGAGAGAUUAUCGACACCUGAUGAAACUACUUUCGCACUAUUAUUCGAGUACUUUUCAUCUUCAAGCUAUGCAUCGAGUAAAGGAUUAUCGCUGUUUGUAGAAGUGUUUGAGAAAGCAGUUGCGGACAAGUCGUUAGUUUUUGAUGUCAAACUUAUCAAUGUAUUGCUUAAGUGUUUAUGUGAGAAUGAAGAGUUGAAUUUUGCAGAAAACAUCGUCUCUAAACUUUUUUUGCAAGAAGUUCCUAAAUUACAAGUUGACGAAUCGGAAGCUGUUGUACUCAAACAAAUGAGUCCAAGAGAUAAGUUGGCUUACAAGAAAUUGGAAUUGAUUUAUAAUAAUAUCAGAAAAGUGACGAACGAUUUUGAGAUUUCAUAUACCAUUUUACCAACUGAAAGUACCUUUAAGCCUUUGAUUUCGAGCUACUGUCUUCCAUUGUCAAAUACAAAGAAUAGCUUUCGCAAGGUAAAUUACUUAACUAAUUUCAUGGAAACAUACUACAAGUUGCCCAUAACUACUAGAACAUUCAAGUUAAUAUUUCUGAAGUUUGAGGCAUCUAAGGAAGAAGGAUGGGAGUUGUUUGACCUUAUAAAUAUCACAAGCAAGUUGAUUUCAUUGCAUGACUAUUCUUAUAACUUAAGUGAGGAUACUUCUUUGUUCGGCACUGAUGGUCAGUUUUCCAAGUUAGAUAGGAUCGAGAAAUCGUCACAAUUGACAAACUUCAUUAAUAAUCAUUUGGUGAAGCAGAUUGAUCUCAAUAUUCCAAUAGCACAAGGCAGCUUUGUUAAACUUAAUGAUAGCCUUAUUACUUCUGUGUAUCAUGCAUUUAUGGAAACGAUAAAGCGAAGUGCUCCAAACAACAAGGAGGGGGCCGAUGAAUUAGUAAGACGCAUUCAAAGGCAGUAUGACAGUCUUCGAGAAAGGAUAAAUAAGUCCAGAGGUCCAGUGGACCAAGAGGGCUUUACCACAACUACACGAGAUAUUUACGCAUUAGAUGAACUUAACUACAUCAAGAAGGCAUUCUUAAUAGACUUGAUUGAUGUAGUUGGCUGA